AUGGUGGAGGAGGCGAUGGUUUUAGCCAACCACGUUGUUGCUGCUCGCAUUGUCAGCGACAGCAGGCAUGCAGCAGCAGCAGCAGCAGCAGCAGCAGCAGCAGCAGCAGGAAGUGCAGCGGCAGCCGCAAGCCCAGCUGCGAAUGAUGCUGCUGCAGCUGCUUAUGCUGACGCAAGAGGUAUAACCGACCAACAGGAGGCGGAGGAGCUGCUGGUUGAAGGUCAAGCAGCAGCAGCUGCAGCAGCAGCACCAGCAGCAGCAGCAGCAGCAGCAGCAGCAGCGUCACCCCUAGUAUUUGGGGGUGUUGUGCGGAGACAUGGCAGCAGCAACGCGCAAGCAACGCAGCGAGUGCUGCGGCUAAUUGGCCCCUCCUUGGCACGCGAAUUCCGUGCUGCUGCACAGCUCAGGCAGCAGCAGCAGCAGCAGCAGCAGCAGCAAGACGAGCAGCAACAGCAGCAGACGCAGGUAGACGCCUCUGCUGCGCUUCUUCAGGAGAGUCAGGGAGCUGAUGCGCAAGGGCCUGCUGCUCACAGUGACAAACUAGCUGGCGAAGCUGCGGCUCCCGCAGCAGCAGCAGCAGCAGCAGCAGCAGGUCCUGCAGCAGCAGCAGCAGCUGCUGCUGCUGCUGCUGACUCCAGCGACGGUGGAAACGAACCCGACGCUGUCUCCCUAGGGCUUCUGUUAAACUUCUGCGCUUCUCGAAUGUCUCCUCAGACUUUCGGGGCCUUGUGCUUCGCUUGUCUUAAGGACCUGCUGCCGGCCGAGUACGUCCCCAGCCACAGAGUCGUGGCGCCAGCAGCAGCAACAUCUGUUGCUGCUGCUGCUGCGGACCUCAGCAGCAGCAACAGCAGCAGCAGCUGCAGCAGCAUUAGCGACAAGGACCGCACAAGUGAAAUCGCUGCAGACGGAUCGCUGCCUCUGCCCGACAUAGCUCUCAACACAGAAAAGCCAGAAGAACUGCUUUCCGCGGAGCACUGGGGUCUGGCUCUCCCGGUGUACCUCCACUUCACUUCGCCCAUUCGGCGCUACGCAGACAUUUUAGUUCAUCGAAUUUUGCAAGCAAAAAGCAUUAUGGAGCCGCUGGCAGAUCUGGAGGUGACUUGCCUGCACUGCAACCGCAGCAAACGAAAAGCAGAAGAUGCUCAAUUGUCUUUUUCUUCUUGGUAUUUAAAUGAAUAUUUAAAAGCUGCUCAUCCUCAGGGGCUGCAGUACGGCUACGCCACCAUAGCCCACAUACACGUGCCCCCUGCGUGGCCCCCCGAAGCAGCAGCAGCAGCAGCAGCAGCAGCAGCAGCAGCAGCAGGAGGCGCAGGCGCAGAUGCAGCAGCAGCAGCAGCAGCAGCAGCAGGACCUGAUGCAGCCGAAGAGGCGCAGGAAACAAAUGAGGCCACGGAGCUGCCGGAUCUAAGUGACGGCACAGAGGAAGCAACCAGCUCUGCUGCUGCUGCUGCUGCUGCUGCUGCUGCUGCGGAAGAAGACACCCCCACUCAGCCCGCGCUGCAGCUGUUUGUGCCGCUGCUGCGGCAGGCCCGCAGCUGCAGCCUUUUGACCCUCGGGCUCGAGCUGGUUGCUUGCAGCGAAAGCGAAGCCAGUGCUGCUUCUCCUAGCGCAGCAGCAGCAGCAGCAGCAGCAGCAGCAGCGGGAACUGCUGCUGCAGACGCUGCAGCAGCCUGCACUCAAGGUGGCAAUGCUGCAGCGGCGGACCCUGCAGCAAAUGGCACUGAUUUAGAGGAUGCUGCAGCAGCAGCAGCAGCAGCAGCAGCAGCAAGAACCGCCGUGCGCGCUGCCUGUGGACGAGGACACGGCGCAGCUGCUGCGGGGGCCCCCGGGGCCCCUCAGCGGACUGCAGCAAGGAGAAGAAGCUGUGCUGCAGCUGUUUGGAGCAGUGCGUGUCAUUUUGCUGCCGGGGGAGCGCCAGUGGGCAGUUAG